AAGAAGAAGAAGAAGGUUCAGCAGAAGAAAAAGAAGUUUUUGUGCAGAAAAUUUUUUAAGUGAUUUCCGUGGCAUUUUUCCUGGUGAUUAAACAGAGUGUAAGGAGUGAAUCCCAGUGCAAUGGCAUUCUUCAACGUUGGUGCACUGGGUGGGAAUCCCUUUUCCACCCAAGUCGGACAGAGAAUCGAACAAGCAACAGACUCGAGUUUGGCAUCGGAAAAUUGGGCUCUGAAUAUGGAAAUUUGCGAUAUGAUUAAUGAAUCGAGUGAUGCAGCACGAGAUGCAAUGAAAGCCAUCCGGAAGCGUCUUCAGCAGAAUGCAGGAAAGAACUAUACCGUGAUUAUGUACACACUAACAGUGCUGGAAACAUGUGUAAAAAAUUGCGGGAAGGCCUUUCACGUACUUGUGGCAAAUAAGGAAUUCAUUCAGGAAUUGGUGAAGCUCAUUGGUCCGAAGAAUGAUCCACCGGCUGUUGUGCAGGAGAAAGUUCUAAAUCUCAUACAGAUUUGGGCGGAAACCUUCCGCACACAGCCGGAUCUUAAUGGGGUGGUUCAGGUGUAUCAAGAGCUGAAAAAUAAGGGAAUUGAAUUCCCAAUGACCGAUAUGGAUGCCAUGGCGCCAAUUUAUACACCACAGAGGAGUGUUCCUGAUGGAGUGUCUCAGGCUGCAACUGUGACAAAUUCCCCACAACACACAACUGUGACUGUCCCAGGACCCACAAGCAUUACGGGUCCAAUGACUCUGUCGCCGGAGCAAGUGGCAAAAUUGCAAUCAGAGCUGGAUAUUGUGACAGUAAACAUGUCGAUUCUGGGAGAGAUGCUGACAGAGUUGAAGCCCGGUCAGGAGGAUCCAUCAGAUCAUAAAUUGCUCACAGAUCUUGCGCAUACAUGCCGUGAGAUGCAGGGACGAAUUGUUGAGUUGAUUGGGAAAGUGAAUCACGAUGAGAUCACCGCUGAAUUGCUACGCAUAAAUGAUGAACUGAAUAAUUUAUUUCUGCGAUAUUCACGCUUUGAGAAGAAUCGUGACACAAAAGCUGCCGCAACACCAUCUGCUAUUCUCGGAGCAGCCAUGGGGGUACCUCCAGCAGCAACAGAGGAGGGAGCCACAGCGGCCGCGAAGGAUUCUCUGAUUGAUUUGAGUGAUGAAGCAGCUGGGGGGCUACCGCAGCAAUUUGCAGCAAUGGGCAUGGGGGAGACGACUAAAGUGUCGCAAAUAAGCAGUGUUUCGGCACAAUCAGGCUCCGUGGGGCAACACAGAGAUGUCGAUGAAUUCGAUAUGCUCGCACAGUCACGCAAUGUGAGCGAUCAGGCCAAGGGAACACCACAAAAAGAUACCACAACGACUAAAGGACCACACGACCUGAAUGUGAAAGAGAAUGCCAGAGAAUCAGAAUUUGACGAAAUGGCAGCAUGGUUAGAAAACGAUCAACCCACCUCGGACAACAAACCAAGAAUGACGAGUAAGGAAUUUGAUCGAUUCUUAGCGGAAAGGGUGGCCGCCGCUGAAAAUUUGCCCAGCAUUCCUAGCCAAACCGGGGCUGUUGGUUCAACCGCCGCGGCGACAAAUGGUGCGACAGCUUCUACAGCUCCCACCACGCGACACAAUAAAUCCCGCAAAGAUGAAGAUGGUUUAAUUGCACUUUGAGAUGAAGCUGAAUGAAGGUUUUGAAUGAAAUGGGUAAAAGAAAAUUAACUAAAAAAUAAUGAAAAGUGAGAAUGAGAGACAAAGUGCUUGUACAGAGCAGAAGACAGAGAGAGAAAAACUAAUAAAAAAAACUUUUUCCAAAUACAUUUCACUGAUAUUUUAGAAGAAAAAAAGAACGAAAAAUGCAUCAACAUCACCGAUUUCAAUUUAAGAUUAAAAACAAGAUAAAUCUUAAUAUUUUUUUGUGCAUAAAAAUUCUCGUUUAAUCACGCUGAUUAAAAAAAAAAGAAAGUAAAAAAAAAACAAAACAAAUAAACAAUAAGCAGACACAUUUUUUAAAAAUAAUAACAUAAGAAAAUGUUGGAAAAAUCAUAUAAAAAAUAACCAAAGAUUUACAAAAUAGAAAAUAACAUGAUUGUGGAAAAAAGUAAAAAAAAAACCUUAAAAAGUUUUGUUAUUUCUUUAAUUGGCUGGGAUGGAUGAGAUAAAAUAAUUUAUAAUCACAGAAUUUAAGUAAAUAAGAAAAAAAUGAAGGGUUUUAAAAUAUUUUAUGCAUCUGUUCUAGUCAGACAGUCUUAGCAUUUCUUUCUCGCAGUUAAAAAUUGUUUUUUUUUUCUAUAAAGGCUCAUUAUAGGCUUUUAAAGAAUGUUUUUAUUUUUUACGAAAAAAUAAAGUUAUUUUAAAAUGGGAAAAAUAUCUUAAUCAAGACCAUCGCGAUUAUUCCAAAACUUUAAAAAGAUAAAAGUAAAUGUGAAAUAUAAUUAAUUUUUUGAAGAUAUUAAAUUUUAGAUUUUUGUACUAAUUAUAACUGGAAAAAGACUUUCAGAAUAAUUGUGCUGUAUUAUUUUAUAUUGAGAGAAAAUGAGAAAGUUAAGUAAGAAAAUAAAUAGUUGUAAAAUAAACAUUGUUAAACAUGGAAUGGAAUAAAAAAUAGACAAGAAUAGUAAAAAAAAAACAAACCAACAGAAAACUUGAAGAAAAAAAUUCAAGGGAAAAACUAUAACGUACGAAAAAAAGAGAGUAUUUAUUAAAAAAAAAUUAUAUUAAUGAAAAAUCAUAAACUUAUGAAUGUUUAAUCCAGAGAUAAAAAAAGCUAAAAAAAAAUGUAUUAUAUCUGUAUGAUUUUAUUUAUAUUGUGCACGAAAAUAUAAUAAAAAAACAAAUGAAAAAUCUUUA